AUGGGGAUCUACGAGGACGUGACUAACUGCACUUUCCAGGUCGCGCUGCACGUGGGCUGCUUCUGGCCGAACGCCGUAGUGGACGCUUUUUUCGGCGACGUGCACCGCGUUUACUUCCACGACUGCGCACAGACGGGCCGCUUACUGCACGAGCCGCCCGUCCACGUGCUGGCGCCCUUCAUCGGGAUCCCGGUGCUGGUCACGCUGCUCAUGACUGCCCUGGUGGUGUGGAGGAGCCAGCGCACCCAGGGAGUUCUGUGA